UUUAUGUUUGAUAUCAAUGCCAACCCACAAAAUUGCAGAAUAACAAAAUUAGCAUUUGAUCCAGGUGUUCGCAAGUACAGCUUUGAAGAGCUAGCAAAAGCAACAGGUGAUUUCUCCAACAACAACCGCGUUGGACAGGGCGGUUCUGGUCAAGUUUAUAAAGGAACACUUCCCAAUGGUAAACAAGUUGCGAUUAAGAGGCUUCAAUAUAAUUCAGAUCCUGAGAAACAGCAAUUGGAACUCCUAUUUGAGAAUGAGUUUAAAACCAUUAGCCGCACUCGUCACCCGAAUAUUGUGGAGGUCGUCGGAUACUGCAGCGAAGAAGCUGAUCGAUUGAUUGUUUACGAGUUCGUUUCCAACAAGAGCUUGAAAUCUCAUCUCUAUGUGGGAAGAAGACAGCAGACAAUGGUGACCGCCCCGAUCGAUUGGCCAACCAGAAUGAAGAUUGCUUUGGGUAUAGCAGAAGGAUUGGCAUAUUUGCAUGAAGACUGUGAGAUUUUAACUUUAUUUAGUUUUUUUUUUUUUUCAAGUUUUUCUAUAUUGCAAUUUAUACUUUUUAAUUUUAUGCAUUUUUAG